AUGUCGUCGCUACGGGAGCCUUCCACAGACACGCACACCCCAACCCCGCACUCUCGGGCCUCAUUAUCCUCCACCUCGCGCCCUCACACCAACUCGACCCUCCGCCCGCGCACCACCAACGCCCUGCGCCAUGCGGUCAAAAGCAUCCGCCAGUUCACCACCGAGGGCGAUGACGCGCACAGCACUCGCAUGUUCCUCAAAGAGUGCUCGCUCUACACAUGCUUCCUGCUCGCCGGCUGGGUGGAUGCGACACCGGGAGCGCUACUCCCCGCCAUUCGCGCGCAGUGGGAUCUGAGCUUUGUCUAUGUCUCGAUGCUCUUCGUCGGCACGUUCACGGGCUGCAUCAUUGCCGCUGCUUUCGUCUCGCCGUUGAUGGACCGCGUCGGUUUUGGUAAGAUGAUAUCGGGCGCGGCUGGGUUGGGGCUAGUGUUUCCAGUGGUGUUUUUGACCAUGCCGCCGUUCCCCGUGCUAAUCGCAGCGAUGGUGUUUAACGGCAUGUCGACGAGCACGCUGGAUGCGCUGGUGAAUGUGUGGAUCAGUCAGCGGCCCAAGGCUAAUGUCAGGCUGGGUUUCACACAUUUCCUCUAUGGAGUGGGUGCGUUGAGCUCACCACUGGCAGCAAUCCCGUUCUUGCACGAGGGGAGGAAGGGGAUCGCGUUCCAAUACUUCUUCUGCGUAUCGUUGGGGUUGGCGACCGUGGUGGUAACGCUGGUGACGGUGGCGUUUAGGCUGCAAAGGGAUGAACAUGUCGAGGGGCCUGCAGAGGCGGAUGGUUCGGCGGUCGAGUCGUCCAUCGAGCUGCAACCUCGUACAAGCACUGCGGAUCAGAACGGCAAAGGAACGGUCACACCGAAUGCUCACGGACCAGCAUCGUUGGACCUCAUGCCGACGACUUCCAACAUGGCGAUGGGCUCGGAACAGCACGCGGGUUCCAUGGCCCCCAACGACGCGCGCACGGGAUUCCACAAGCUCCGCGCGGUGGUCAAGCAGGGCAAAGUGGUGCUGCUCAGCUUUUUCACGCUGGUAUACGUGGGCACCGAGGUUACCGUCGGCGGCUGGAGCUCGACGUUCCUGCUCGAAGUGCGCAACGAGCAUACGAGCGCCAAUGCGAUCGUGUCAGGCUUCUGGGGAGGUAUCGCGUUCGGCAGGAUCCUGCUCAUCCCCGCCACCGCGUGGAUGGGCGAAGAACUCGCAGUGAUGGUCUACCUGUUCCUCGCCAUCGGCCUGCAGCUUCUGGUGUGGCUGCUGCCCAACAUUGUCGCCAACGCAGUGGCACUUGCGCUACUCGGCGUGUUCCUCGGCCCGGCGUUCCCCGCCAUGAUCCGUGUCUGCGAACGCACCGUUCGUCCGCGUGCACACUUGACAGCGGCCAUCAGCUUCAUCUCGACGUUCGCAGCGGCGGGCAUGGCGGUGCUGCCGUUCUUGGUUGGAAUUGCAUCGCAAAAGGCACCGCAGGGGAUCAAGGUGUUGGGGCCGAUGCUGGUGGGGAUGCUGGCGGUACAGAUUUUGCUGUGGACUGCGACGAACCGGGAGUACUUUGUCAAGAGGUUUGUAAAGCGCGAGGGGAGGGGCGAGGUGGAUGUGGAUCGACUUGAUUAG